AGGUUUCUGCGGCGGACGCCUCUCUCGAAGGCGCCCGAUAGAGCCCGGGUGUUCCCGCUUUCCCGGUCUGCUUCCCCGCUUCGGCCCCGCAGACAUGUCGGGGUUCAGCCCGGAACUUAUCGACUACCUGGAAGGGAAAAUCUCCUUUGAAGAGUUCGAAAGGCGGAGAGAAGAGAGAAAAAGCCGGGAGAAGAAAAGCCCUCAGGAAAAAGGAAAAUCAUCACCCCAAGAAAACCCAGAUGAUUCAGAAGUCCCAUCAUCAUCAGGAAUCGACUCUGCGAAAUCCCAGGACAAAGAUGCCAAUGAAGGAGAAACAUCAGAUGGAGUGAGUAAGUCAGUUCACAAAGUCUUUGCUUCCAUGCUUGGAGAGACUGAAGAUGAUGAAGAGGAGGAGGAAGAAGAGGAGGAGGAAGAGGAAACACCUGAACAACCCACCGCAGGCGAUGUAUUUGUGUUGGAGAUGGUUCUCAACCGGGAAACCAAAAAAAUGAUGAAAGAGAAGAGGCCUCGGAGUAAACUUCCCAGAGCCCUGAGAGGUCUCAUGGGUGAAGCUAAUAUUCGCUUUGCUCGAGGAGAACAUGAAGAGGCAAUAUUGAUGUGCAUGGAAAUCAUAAGACAAGCUCCUUUGGCUUAUGAACCAUUCUCUACACUUGCCAUGAUAUAUGAGGAUCAAGGUGACAUGGAGAAAUCGUUGCAGUUUGAGUUGAUUGCUGCACAUUUAAAUCCCAGUGACACAGAAGAAUGGGUUAGGUUGGCAGAAAUGUCUCUGGAACAGGAUAAUAUUAAGCAGGCUAUUUUUUGCUAUACAAAAGCUCUUAAAUAUGAACCUACUAAUGUUCGUUACCUAUGGGAGAGAUCAAGCCUUUAUGAACAGAUGGGUGAUCAUAAAAUGGCCAUGGAUGGUUAUAGACGUAUUUUAAAUCUUUUGUCUCCAUCUGAUGGAGAACGUUUUAUGCAGUUGGCCAGAGAUAUGGCAAAGAGUUAUUAUGAAGCCAAUGACAGUACUUCAGCUAUAAACAUAAUUGAAGAAGCUUUCUCAAAACAUCAAGGCUUAGUCUCCAUGGAAGAUGUUAACAUAGCAGCUGAAUUAUAUAUUUCCAACAAACAGUAUGACAAAGCUUUGGAGGUAAUUACAGAUUUUUCUGGAAUUAUCCUAGAAAAGGAAACUUUGGAAGAAGGCACCUCAGAAGAGAAUAAAGCUGCUGAGACCGUUACCUGCUCUAUACCUGAUAGUGUGCCCAUCGAUAUCACGGUGAAGCUGAUGGUUUGCCUGGUGCAUCUCAACAUCCUUGAGCCACUCAAUCCUCUGUUGACAACACUGGUGGAACAGAACCCUGAAGAUAUGGGUGACCUCUAUCUUGAUGUUGCUGAAGCUUUUCUGGAUGUUGGUGAAUAUAAUUCUGCACUUCCCCUGCUCAGCGCGCUGGUUUGCUCUGAAAGAUACAACCUUGCAGUGGUUUGGCUUCGGCAUGCAGAAUGUUUAAAGGCCUUGGGCUACAUGGAACGUGCUGCUGAAAGCUAUAGUAAAGUGGUUGAUCUGGCCCCACUCCAUUUGGAUGCAAGGAUUUCACUUUCCAUCCUUCAGCAGCAACUAGGCCGUCCGGAGAAAGCCCUGGAAGCUCUGGAACCCAUGUAUGACCCAGAUACUUUAGCCCAGGAUGCAAAUGCCGCACAGCAGGAACUGAAGUUACUGCUUCAUCGUUCUACUCUGUUGUUUUCACAAGGCAAAAUGUACGGUUAUCUGGAUACUUUAUUAACCAUGCUAGCCAUGCUUUUAAAGGUUGCAAUGAAUAGAGCUCAAGUUUGUUUGAUCUCCAGUUCCAAGUCUGGAGAAAGGCACCUGUACCUUAUUAAAGUGUCAAGAGACAAAAUAUCAGACAACAAUGAGCAGGAAACAUCAAAUUAUGAUGCAAAAGCAAUAUUUGCUGUACUCACAAGUGUCUUGCCAAAAGAUGACUGGUGGAACCUUCUCUUGAAGGCCAUAUAUACUUUAAGUGACUUAUCCCGCUUCCAAGAAGCUGAAUUGCUUGUAGAUUCUUCACUGGAAUAUUACUCAUUUUAUGAUGACAGACAAAAACGCAAAGAACUGGAAUACUUCGGUCUAUCUGCUGCAAUUCUGGACAAAAAUUUCAGAAAGGCAUAUGACUAUAUCAGGGUGAUGGUAAUGGAAAAUGUCAAUAAGCCCCAGCUGUGGAAUAUUUUCAAUCAAGUUACCAUGCAUUCCCAAGAUGUGAGACAUCAUCGCUUCUGUCUCCGUCUGAUGCUGAAAAACCCUGAUAAUCAUGCUCUGUGUGUUCUAAAUGGACACAAUGCUUUUGUAUCUGGGAGCUUCAAACAUGCACUUGGACAGUAUGUACAAGCCUUCCGUGCCUAUCCCAGCGAGCCUCUCUACAACCUCUGCAUAGGCCUGACCUUUAUUCACAUGGCAUCUCAGAAGUAUGUGCUCAAGAGACAUGCCCUGACUGUGCAGGGCUUUUCCUUCCUUAAUCGAUACCUCAGCAUACGUGGACCUUGCCAGGAAUCUUUCUACAAUUUGGGCCGUGGCCUUCAUCAACUGGGACUGACUCACCUUGCAAUCCACUACUACCAGAAGGCUCUGGAACUUCCUCCACUUGUGGUAGAGGGGAUAGAAGUUGACCAGUUAGACCUUCGAAGAGAUAUUGCCUACAACAUGUCUCUCAUUUACCAGAGCAGCGGGAACACUGCAAUGGCUCAAAAGCUUUUGUAUACCUAUUGUGUCAUAUAAGCAGCAUAACUGAGAAAGGGGCUACAUGGACCAGUAUCUUCUCCUGAGACUACUCUUCUUGAUAAACAUGGUGCUGUCCUUUGAAGCUGGGGGUGUGGCUUGGCUGUAGAAUGCCUGCCUGUUUUGUAUUCACAAGGCCCAGAUUCAAGCCACAGGCCUUUGGAAAACCAAAACACUGCUUUUACCUCUGGAAUAUAAGCACAGUUGCCAUUCCUGUGAGAAUGUACAUAUUAUUCUGUUAUUACUCUUUAGCAUUCUGCAAUAAAAUUAUUCCCAACGCUGAAAUGGACACUCUUAGCAUCUGAGUCAGUUGGAAUUGAAAUUAUUUUUUCAUUUAAUAUCUACUGACCUGUAUAGCAUGUGUUCUGACAAACGCUGGGAAUAUUGAAGAUGGAUAGAUGUGGUUUGUCCUUGAGGCAUUUCAGAAUACACUACUGAGAUAGUCGCCAUAGGGCACAUUAUUUAUAUAUUUAUUUUCUUGUGCUAUAUAUUGAAGCCAGAGCCUUGUACCAUGCAUGCUAAGAGGUACAUCCUCAGUCUUCACAGUCCUUAAAGUGUGGACAUCUAUUUCCUUGAAGGGAAGGAAAUAUAUACUGCAUCCCCAUAUAGUAUCACCAUCCAAAUACAGCAAAGAAGGCUGCUUGUUAAAAGAAAAACAGAUGGGAACUCUUAUGGUAAUGUAGUUACUUAUAGUCAAUACCUAACAAAACUGUUUAAGGUAGUUUUAUGGUAGGAAGACAAAUAAUUGAUUCAUUUCACUUUCAUCUGCACAUUUCAGAGUGUAAGCCUUGCAACUGGGCUUAAUUCAAAGCACAGCGCUCCAAGGCAGAACAGUCAAUACACCUGCUUCCCAGCAGAGAAAAGGGAUGGUGGUGUUCACAUGUAAUAUGUUUUGCUUUCCAUUUCAGGGUCACCACCCUCAAGAUUUGGGAGGAUGGGUAUAUGGAAUUGGGUUGAUAAAGAUUUUUACUUUAUUACAUGUUCUUGAAUCUCAGAUAAGAACAUUUGCUAGGUUUUUAGUGGAAAAUAAGUUCUAUGAUUCUAAGAACAGUCCAGCUGUAAAGGAAGUAAGUGUUGAGAUUGCUGUCAAACAAUGGAGACUUUUUAGGAAUUUUUACCACUCUUUAUACUGCAUACACAGCUUUCCAGUUGAGAAGCAGAGUUUGUAUGUAAUUAGUAAUGCAGCUUAUAUCCUGUAAAUAAAUCCUUUUUAAUUA